GCUGCAGAAAUAAACUAGCUAUAUACAACGCCCUCGCGAGAAACUGAAUAGUGAUGAACGUCGCAUCGUUAUCGUUACUUUUCUGGUCUCUGGUGGAGGUCCACUCUCAGACCUUUCCUUAUGUCUCCUUCAUGGGCCAGACUCUGGCCAACAAUUCCUAUGUGGAUAUCAGUGAAGUGGGGAGACCUGAGGAUGGUGGUGAAAGUGUUCGGUGUAUCACUGACCUGAGCACAUGUUGUAGUGGUGGUCAGGGCAUCCAUCGUGGAGACUGGUAUUUCCCUGAUGGAACUAGACUGAAUUUCGCUGGAGAUGGUGGUAAUAUCUAUGAGUUUCGUGCAGCUCAGAGAGUUGACCUACAUCGUACGAACAAUGCUAACUCAUCAACUGGUAUCUAUCGCUGUGACAUUCCAACCAAUGCUGUCCAUGGUGAUAAUGACAUCUCAGUGAGAGACACAGUCUAUGUGGGACUGUAUACUGCCAGUGGAGGAGACAUCUCAAUAUCUGGAGAUUUGACAUUCGACUCUGACGAGCUGACCCUCACCUGUAUCUCCACUGGUGGACCUGCCACCACUGUCACUUGGACCAGAGACUCCAUCACUGUCACCCAAGGAACUGAGACUGUGUUGAAUGGCACAGAGACUGCAAACUACACCCACACUCUGACUAUAGCUACUGCAGGCAAUUACACAUGUAUCGUGUCUAAUAACAAACCAUCCUCUGCCUCUGCUACAAUCACUGUGACAGGACCUGAGGCUCCCGCUGGUGUGACAGCAGUCCAGGAUGGUCCCACUAGUAUCCUAGUCUCUUGGUGUACAUCCAGCAAUGCCACUGGCUACACCAUCUCCUACACUGGAGGAGGCAGCAGUGGUAGUGAGACUGUCAGUGGUGGAGAUACCAACAGCUACACUCUGACUGCUGGUCUUACCAAUGGACGAACCUACACCUUAUCCAUUGUUGCCACAUCCAACAACCUUGCUAGUGACACUGUGACAGUUAUGGCUGUUGGGUUAGUUCCUGGUCAGCCAACUGCCAGUCUUAACUCCACAACAGCCACUACCAUCUUCCUCUCCUGGAGUGUUCCCAGUGGCUCAGUGGUAGAUGAAUACGUUAUACAAUGGACUAGAGACACCUCAGUAGGCUGUUCUGAUGAGGACGCAGGAAGUGCCACUAUCACUGCUACCAGCCACACUAUACCUGAUCUAGAGGAAGACAGUAGGUACACCAUCACUGUGACAGCCUCUAAUGGAGCUGGUAGUAGUGAAGUCAGUAACACAGUGACUGCAAUGACUGAGGAGGCAGCUCCAUCUGCCCCUCCGUCUCCUGUGAGUGUGAUGGUGGAGAGCACAACUAGUAUCACUGUCCAGUGGGGAAGUGUACCAUGUAUCCAUCAGAAUGGAGACAUCACAGGAUACUCAGUCCAGUAUGGAGUGAUGGAGAGUGGAAUCACAGAGACUGUGACUGUCAAUGGAGCUAGUACCACUCAGACCACCAUCUCUGGUCUCAUGUCAUCCACUACCUACACCAUUAGAGUAGCAGCAGUCAACAACCAACUCAUUGGAACAUACAGUAGUGCAGAGAAUGAAUUGACUGAAGUUGCUGUCCCAGUUCUGACAGUAGAGUCCACAACAGCCACCUCCAUCUCCCUCUCCUGGACCAGUGCUGGCGCAGAGGGAGUCAGUUAUGAGGUGGAGUGGCAGAGAGACACCUCAGUGGGGUGUACUGAUGAGGACACAGACAGUACCACUAUCACUGGAGGUUCAAUGACUAGCUACAAUAUCACUGGACUAGAGGAAGACAGUAGGUAUGCAGUCACUGUGACCGCCUCCAAUUCCCUCGGAGAUGAAACAAGUAACCAAAUCACUCCAAUGACGAUGGUGUCACGACCCACUUCAGCUCCUAUGUCAGUGACAUCAUCCAGUACCUCCUCUUCUACCAUCACUGUGGUGUGGGGUGAGGUGCCUUGUGCUGAUCAGAAUGGAGCCAUCACAGGAUACUCAGUCCAGUAUGGAGUGAUGGGAAGUGGGAACACACAGACUAUGACUGUUAAUGGAGCUGAUAUGACUCAGACGACUAUUGAAAACCUCAUGUCAUCCACUACUUACUCUAUUGAAGUGGCAGCAGUCAAUGGUGCUGGUACUGGAGAGUACAGUGAGCCAAAGAAAUCAACUGACACGAGUUGAGGCUCCAGUUGUGACGGUAGUUGAGUCUUCAGUGACAGCUACCAGUAUACCAGUAACCUGGACUAGCGGUGGAUCAGAGGGAGUCAGUUAUGUGGUGGAAUGGGCAUAUGGUGGAGAGUGUCCUGGUAUCAGUGGAGGUAGUCAGAACAUUGGUGUUGGUGGGGGCAGAGAGUACACUAUAGAGGAUCUGGAAGAAUACAUCACAUACUCCAUCACUGUCAGAGCUAGCAAUUCUCUGGGUAGUGUUGAUAGUACUCCAGUUGAUGGAAGAACCAGUGAAGCAAGACCGUCUGCUGCUCCAAUUGACGUGACUGCUGAUGGUGCAUCAACCACCAUCACUGUCCAGUGGGGGAAUGUACCAUGUAUCCAUCAGAAUGGGCAGAUAACGAGCUACUCACUCCAGUAUGGAGUUGAGGGGAGUGGGAACACACAGACCCUAAUAUCGACUGGAAAUGGAGCUGAAAUAUCUGGACUGGUAACCUCUACUAAAUACACUGUCCAAGUGGCUGCCAUAACUUCAGCUGGUGUCGGAGAGUACAGUGACCCACAACUCAUUGUCAACACGGAGACUGCAAUCAAUCUGUCCAUAGUUGCUGCUACCACUACUUCCAUAUUGAUUCAAUGGGAUGUGAUUGAGGAAGCACAGGGAUCAAUAAUGCCAUCAGGAUACAACAUCUCCUACAGAAAUAUUGAAUACACUGACUGUUUCACAGACUCUGGCACCAUCUCUAUUCCUACUGAUUCUCUUGGAGGAAGCUACAACAUAGUGGGUCUAGAAGAGGGAACAGACUAUGCAAUCACUGUAGCUCUCCUGAUGGAUGGUGCUGCUACUGAUAGGAAGACUGUCCUACAGGCUACUGCAGAAGCAGCUCCGUCUGCACCUCCGUCUGAGGUGAUGGUGACCAGUGUGACCUUUUCCACCAUCACUGUGGUGUUGGGAGAGGUGCCUUGUGCUGAUCAGAAUGGAGCCAUCACAGGCUACUCAGUCCAGUAUAGAGUAAUGGGGAGUGGGAACACACAGACUGUGGCUGUUGAUGGAGACUCUAAUGGAGGAAUGGGCACAAUCUCUGGACUGGGAGCAGCUACAAUGUAUGAGUAUCAAGUAGCAGGAAGAACUAGUGCUGGACCUGGAGAAUACAGUAGUCCAAUGACCACCCUAACGUCAGUGGGAGCUCCAACUGUGAUAGACUCCUCAGUAGGUGCAUUCUCAAUCUCCAUCUCCUGGACCAGCUCUGGUCCAGUGGUGGAGAGAUAUGAGGUGGAGUGGCAGAGAGACACAUCAGGAGAAUGUCCCAAUGAACACACAGACAGUGCCACUGUGUCUGGAGGCUCAGAGAGAAGCUAUGACAUCACCGACCUGUUUGGUGAUAGCAGCUACAGCAUCAGAGUCAGUGCAAUGAAUGCUGCCGGGUCUGCAAUCAGUGACCCACUAGUUAUAUCUACUGCUGAAGCAGCUCCCACAGCUCCACCUGCUAGUCUUUCAGCACACCGUGUCACUCCAAGCAGUUUCACUGUGCAGUGGGGGAGGGUUCCUUGUAUCCACCGCAAUGGCGACAUCACAGGCUACUCUGUACUGGUACGGGGUAAUGGGAGCAUGGAUGUCAAUGGUCCUGAUGUUCUGACCACUGAUAUCUCUGGACUGGUGUCUGACACAAUGUAUCUGGUGCAAGUUGCAGGAGUCAAUGGGCAGGGUACUGGGGUGUAUCGAGACCUCACUGUUUCCACACCUCAAACUGUAUACCUCAGCAUUGGUGCGGAGAACCUUCCCCACAAAUGGCUUUGUAAACAUCCGUCAACUGGGCAACUCCACUGAUACCGGGUUGGCCUGCAAACACUGACCAAUCCACAGAUGGGACACCCACAGGUGAAUGGUUUAACCCCGAUGGAACCAUGCUGAGCUUCAGCAGCUCUGAGGGGUUCUUUGUGAAUGAUGGCUCA